AUGGCUGUCUUUUUAGGUAGGACUGUUGAUUCAGGUUUUGGCCUAGGAAUUCAGGAGAAACCUGAGACCGUUGAAGGAAAGGUGGAUUGGAAAGGAAGAGCGGCUGUUAAGUACAAACAUGGAGGAACCAGAAGUGCUGUCCUCAUACUAGGCGCGUUUUGUUUCGAGGGCAUGGCUACCUUGGCACUGGCGGUGAACUUGGUGACAUACUUCAACGGGGUGAUGCAUAUGGAAAUAGCCGAUGCUGCUAACCAGCUAACCAACUACAUGGGCACUGGCUACAUUCUCUCCAUUCUAGCAGCUGCCCUUGCAGACACCUACAUUGGCAGAUUUAAAACUGUCCUCGUUUCAGCAUGCCUGGAGUUAGCGGGACUAGCAUUGUUAACAAUACAAGCUCGCUAUCCCGGGCUAAAGCCCCCAACUUGCAACAUCUUUGAUCCAACUUCGCGCUGUGAGAAAGUCGAUGGUGGCAAUGCUGCCAUCCUCUUUGUUGCCCUAUAUUUUCUUGCUGCUGGGGCUGCGGGAGUCAAAGCUGCAUUGCCAUCACAUGGGGCUGAUCAAUUUGAUGAAAAGGACCCCAAAGAAGCAAGGCAGAUGUCCAGUUUCUUCAACGGCCUUUUACUGGCCGUAUGUAUUGGUGGUGUUGUCAGCUUAACACUAAUUGUGUGGAUCCAAGAUAAUAGGGGAUGGGACUGGGGCUUUGGGAUCUCUACCAUCGCCAUGUUCUUGGCUGUGAUUAUCUUUUCUGCGGGAUUGCCAAUGUACAGGAUACAAGUUAUUCAAGGAACCAGCGCCAUCACUGAAAUCAUACAGGUGUAUGUUGCAGCCAUACGUAACAGAAAUCUUCACCUUCCUGAGGACCCCACAGAGCUCUAUGAAAUGGAUAUGGACAAGGAAGCUGCUUUGGAAGUAGAAUUUUUACCUCACAGAGAUGUUUUCAGGUUUUUAGACAAAGCAGCCAUCCGACCAACAUCUACAGGGCAGCAUGGCAGCCAAGAGGCUGCAAACCCAUGGAAACUUUGCAGAGUAACUCAAGUGGAAAAUGCCAAAGUAAUACUAGGAAUGGUCCCAAUUUUUGGUUGCACAAUUAUAAUGACCCUUUGCCUGGCUCAGCUCCAAACCUUCUCAAUCCAACAAGGUGUCACCAUGGACACAAGCGUCACCAAAUCUUUUCACAUCCCACCAGCCUCUCUCCCCAUCAUCCCAAUUCUAUUCAUGAUCAUUAUAAUCCCCAUUUACGACCGGAUUUUUGUUCCCUUCGCAAGAAAAAUCACGGGCAUCCCCACCGGAAUCUCCCACUUGCAACGUGUAGGAGUUGGCCUAAUUCUCUCAGCCAUCUCCAUGGCCGUGGCUGCAAUACUGGAAGUGAAGCGAAAAGGCGUAGCAAGGGACAACAACAUGCUUGAUGCCAUCCCAGUGAAACAGCCAUUGCCCAUUAGCACAUUCUGGCUAUCGUUUCAGUACUUCAUAUUUGGAAUUGCAGACAUGUUCACGUACGUGGGUCUGCUUGAGUUCUUCUAUUCACAGGCACCGAAAGGCCUCAAAUCCAUCUCGACUUGCUUCCUGUGGUGCUCCAUGGCUCUGGGAUAUUAUUUCAGCACCAUAAUUGUCCAAAUUGUUAACAGAGCAACAAAGGAUACGAGAAGUGGAGGUUGGCUUGCAGGGAAUAAUAUUAACAGGAACCAUUUGAACCUCUUCUACUGGUUGCUUUCUAUAAUGAGCUUGAUCAACUUCUGUAUCUAUUUGUUUGUGGCUAAGAGGUACAAGUAUAGGCCUGAGAUCAAUCCCGUCGUCUCAAACGACAACAAGCAAUAA